AGCGGGAACCACGCCAACCGGUUCCGACCACGCCGUUCGGUUUUUUCGCUCCGUCGGUAAGGGUCAAGCGAGACACACCCCGGACUGGCACCGAUCCUCCACCGACCGCGAGACCCUCGUGAAUGUUCAUCGCGAUCUCUGGGACUAUCGAGCCCACGCUGCGCGACCGUCGCCGGUCCACGGCCUCCACGCCCGCGACCGGGAGUCGAAGACGAACCGCGAGACUCCGCCCGAGGUCCGGGGCAUGCUCACCGACAUGACUCCGGCUGCGGCCGGCCAACUCUACCCGCAACUCCAGUCCAUCAGCAAGUCCCCCGUUCACGGGCACGUGGACCACCCUGGGCUGCGAGGAACGCCUCUGGCGAUGCUGGCGGCGCAGUGCAACAAGCUGAGCAGCAAGAGCCCGCCGCCCCUGGCGGACGCGGCGGUCGGCAAGGGGUUCCACCCGUGGAAGAAGAGCCCGCAGAGCAGCGGCGGGUCGCCGCAGCACGGCGGAGGGUGCACGACGACGGGGGUGACGCAGCGACCGGCGGCCAGCAGCAGCGCGGGGAGCACGGGGGGCGCGUACGCGCGCGCCCCGGUGACGUCGUGCGCGUCGACGGCGCCGCAGUACGGGAGCGACCUGUACUUCCCGGGGACGGCGUCGGCGCAGCCGGCGUCGGGGGAGGCGCACCACCACCAGAGCGCGCUGCUGGGGAAGGUGGAGGGCGCGACGCUGGGCUCGGUGUACGGCCGGCACCCCUACGAGUCGUGGCCGUUCAACGCGAUGCCGGGGGCCGGCCACGGGGGCAUCAAGGCGGGCGAGGGCUGGUGGGACGUGCACGGCGCGGCGGCGGCGGCCUCGGGGGGCUGGCUGGACGUCGGGGGCACGGUCGGCGUGGGGGUGCAGAUGGCGAACUACUCGGCGGACUACUCGACGAGCCUGGCGCUGGCAGGGAACCACUUGCUGGGUUCGACGACGGCGGGACACAACCUGCUGCAGGACACGUACAAGUCGAUGCUGCCCGGGGGCCCGCCCGGGUUCGGGCUGCACCACCACGGUAGUCCGGCCGGGGGGGCGGGCAGCCCGCAGGGGUCGGGGGCAGGGGGGGUCGGCCAGGCGGCGUCGCCGCGGUCGCAGCGGCGUUACACGGGCCGGGCGACGUGCGACUGCCCGAACUGCCAAGAGGCCGAGAGGCUGGGCCCGGCCGGGGUCCACCUAAGGAAGAAGAACAUCCACAGCUGCCACAUCCCCGGCUGCGGCAAGGUGUACGGGAAGACGUCUCAUCUGAAGGCCCACCUAAGGUGGCACACGGCGGCACCUUCGAACCCACACCGGCGAAAAGAGAUUCGCCUGCCCGGUCUGCAACAAGCGGUUCAUGCGCAGCGACCACCUCGCGAAGCACGUCAAGACCCACAGCAGCACCACCACCACCAGCGGCAGCAAAGGCAAGGGGGGAGCGGGGAGCUCCUCGGCCGAGUCUUGCUCAGACAGCGAGGACAACGCGAGUCGGCAGAGUCCCACUUCCAGCUCGGGCCUGGGGCCGGGCCCGGGCCCGGCGGCCCCGGGGGCACCCCACCAGGCUCUGCCUCCGGGGCCUCCGGGGCCUCCGGGGCCCCCGGGACCCCCGGGACCCCCGGGACCCCCGGCCUCGCUCCAGGACCGCACCGCCAACUCCGCCAACUCCCAGCCCCCGGCGACCCCCAUGACCCCGAUGCAGAUGACCCCGCCGCCUCUGACCCCACACCAUCCCCACCACCCGCAUCUCCCGCCGCUAAUGCACCCCCACCACCAUCACGCAACGUCCGUCCCGGCGGCGGCGGCGGCGGCGGCGGCGCAUCAUCCGCACGCGGGGAUGAGCAUGCACUGAGCCCGGUGGGGCCCGGAGCCGCCGCGUGCAACAACGGCGCCCCCGCGGCCCUGGGCUCACCGUCCCUAUCCUACCCCCUCAACCUGAACCUCAUGCAGCACCACCAGCGACUCCAGUCCCCGCACCAGUCCCCCCACCAGAACAUGGCCCAUCAGGCCCACCGCCACCACCCCCAGCAGCAGACUCUCGCCCACCACCAUCACCACCACCACCAGAACUCCUACUCCUCCGGGCCCCAGAACCCUCCCACGCCCGGCAACGCGCAGAGCCCCUCGCCCUCCUCCCCCGCGCCUGUACAUAGCCUCUAGGCGGACUCCUUCACCCUGGACCCCGGAAAUCAGCCCUUCCCCUGGUCGCCGGAAGUCUCGAGUCCGUCGCUUUUCUCCGACGACGACCCUUCAACUCCCGGGGACCGUCCACCCCUUUUCCCGUAAUCGUCCCUCGGCCGACGUUCGCCCUCGGAUUGGACACUUUGCUCGGUGGUUCGGGAACACGUUGACGGUGCGCAACGAUGGAACGGUCUUCUGAAUGACCUUAUCCGAGGAUGGGUGCACGUUGCAUUCCCGCUGUCCCCGCAAGGGAUGCUCCACUGCGACGUCCUUUGCGGGGGAUGAGUGACCAGCCCGAGUCUUGUCAUCCCUGAUUCGGGGGCCGAUUUCUGGCAGCGAUCCGUCGGUUAGCGAUGCCCCUCGUUCCCGGAUUUCCUGGACCAGGGUCCGCGCAAACUCCUCCCCCUCGUCGCCGCGCCUGUAUAUAGUCUAGGCUGAGGACUCCUCGUCGACCCCCGGAUGCACCCCCCGAAUAUGCACCUUGUAAAUAAUAUAAAUAGCGACCCUUCUUUUAAUUGCGCUGGGAGAGAUAGAGAGGGAGAGAAAGCGAGCGUAUGCGAGAGAGAUAAGAAAUUAUAAUUAUAUUAUAUUGAUGCGAUAUAUGAUAUUGUGUAAAAUACACCCUACAGCGGCUGUACCUUACACGCGUUGCCGGGACCGACGGCGUCCCGACGCUCGUCGGUUCCGACGAUCUGGUGGAUCCUGGAACGAGUUCCAAACGUCACCCCGUUGGUUUACGGACGGGUCCGAAAUGGUUAUUAAUUACGUAUAUUACACCUGUAGGCGGCGACACGUUUGGAAUUUGGCUAGUCGCGAGGAAUUCGCGACCCCGACCGCCACCCACCCCCCAUAUCACGUCCACCCUUCUCGAGCUAGUAUCUUAUACUAUUAAUUAUUAAUUAAUUAUUAUUAAAGUAUUAUUAUAAAUAUUAUGAAUUCAUUUUAAAGAGACACACCCUACAAAAAAAGGAAAUAAACGAUGCUUUUGUGAA